GUCGACAGCUUGACACCUGAUUGUUUGUGUGUGUGAAAAGAAAUGAUGAUUAACUCCACUCUGGUGACACAUUUCACCUUUGCUGCUUACUUUGACAUUGGUUUAUUGAAAUACUUUGUAUUUGCAAUCCUAAUGGGUUUAUACCUGUUUUCUGUGUUUGCUAACGUGCUGCUGAUUGUGAUAAUCUGUAUGAACAGAACCUUACAUGAACCUAUGUACCUGUUUCUGUGCAGCCUGUUUGUGAAUGAAUUGUACGGUAGUACAGGCUUGCUCCCUUUCCUAUUGCUGCAAAUCCUUGCUGACGUCCACACUGUUCCUGUUCCUCUCUGUCGCCUGCAGAUCUUCUGUUUGUACAUGUAUGUGAACGUGCAGUUUUAUACCUUAGCCGUGUUGUCGUAUGAUCGCUACCUCGCUAUCUGCUGUCCUCUGCAGUACAAUGGGUGGAUGACAUCUAGAAAAAUAGCCCUACUCAUCACCUUGAUGUGGUUCUUCCCUGUUGUUGCGAUAGUGAUAAUGAUUUCGCUAAAUGCUUCUCUGCAGCUUUGUGGGAACAUCCUUGAGCGACUCUACUGUGACAACUACUCUGUGGUGAAGCUGGCGUGCGACAACACCACAGUCAACAAUGUCUACGGCAUUAUCUACUCAUUUUGUGUGCUGUUCAGUCUCAUUCUGCUGAUCUUGUACACGUACAUCAAGAUCCUGCUUGUCUGUUUCUCAGGGUCCAAACAGUCUCGACAGAAGGCAGUGAGCACCUGCACACCUCACUUGGCUUCACUGCUGAACUUCUCCUGUGGCUGUUUCCUUGAAGUGAUACAGAGCAGGUUCAACAUGAAUGGAGUUCCCAUCCUGUUACGCAUCUUCCUGUCUCUGUACUUCAUCAUCUGUCAGCCUGUCUUCAACCCGGUGGUGUAUGGACUCACUUUGACCAAAAUACGCAUCAUCUGUAAAAAUCUAGUCUUUAGACAAAUAUAA